AUAAAAGUACCUUAGACGGAGAUAUAGAGCAGAUGACGUUUUCCCGUUUUAUUAACAUGUCUAAAAUGACUUUUUUCAAGAUUAUUUUAUUUUGUGCUUGUGGAUAAUAUACUUUUGUAAAUAUUUAACUUGAGUACCUCACAUCCGCUUACGGUGUAAAGGUUGUUAUGGGGAAAAACAAUUCAGCAGGAUAUUUUCCUAACGUGUUUAUUGCCUAUUCAUGCAAGUUAAAUGAUGUGGGAAGGCUUUCAAAGUAAAGCCGCACCCAUAAGCUGUGUGUUCAUAGUCUUUGCCAUGAAAGACAGUCAUUUGCGCUUGCACGCGCGUGUCAGGGGUUAGACAGGCGCGUGCAGUUGUUUUUAUAUGAAGCUUUCUGAGCAGGAGAGUAUUUUUGUUUGUUUGUUCUGUAGUAUUUGCUAACUGGAGUGGAAACGCAACUGUUUUCGGUUAAAUACGGACUGUUUAUGGAUGAAAAGUGAGCUAAUAUGAGGUUUGGGAAGCCAUGUGAAGAAAGUCUUGAGUGUCCUCAACCUCAUCUUCGUCCUCAACCUCGCGCGUGCGUUUUGUUGUAAUGGCUUCUGUACGAAGAACCUGGGCAGAAAUGUCUCUGAGGUCCAGGCUGCUGAAAUGCUUCGUCCUGGCAGUUGUGAUUGCACUUUUACUGCAUGUUUAUAAUAAACACAGUGGUUCUUUACCACAUAAACGGUAUCAGCUUCUACCAGCGGAUUUCUACAAGCAGAUCUCACCUUUAACUUAUACAUAUCUCAUUAACCAGCCUGACUUAUGCCACAACAGGAAGCCUCUUCUGGUUCUCAUGAUCCCUGUGACGAGUCUGGACUUUGAAUCCAGAACAGCCAUCAGAAAAACAUGGGGUCAAGAGAACCUUCUCCCAAAUGUGGACAUUGCCAGGGUGUUCUUUGUCGGAGAAUCUAGUCAACAUGAUCCAAAACUUCAAGACAACCUCCAGGGAGAAAGUUUGGCAUACAGAGACAUCAUACAAAUGAACUUCAUGGACACUUAUCAAAAUCUCACUAUCAAAACAAUGAUGAUCAUGAACUGGGUGGCGGUCUAUUGUCGUUCCGCCCGGUAUGUCAUGAAGAUCGAUGCAGACAUCUUUCUCAACGUGCCUUAUCUUGUAGAGUACCUCCAAAACAAGCCUACGUAUAACUACAUCACGGGGUCAGUCAUCAACGAUGGCCGGCCUCGCAGGAACCCGAACAGCAAGUGGUACCUUUCAAAUGAUGUGUACCCAGAGAGCUUGUUUCCGCCUUACUUGUCCGGUGCUGGAUAUGUCUUUUCCGUUAACCUGGCCAAGAAGAUCUCGAUGGCCUCCAGGUUUGUGCGUCCAGUCCCAAUGGAGGACGUUUAUGUAGGGACGUGUCUUCAUUUCUUACAAGUUCAACCCGAGUUUGCAUGGACACUGUUGCCUUACAGGAACCUAUUCGAGAUUCGUCAUUUGAACUACGACCGAUGCACCUUUGCAAAGCGCAUCAUAGUUACUGGUUUUAGUCCCACGGAUAUCAUAAACAUGUGGGCUGAUUUCCAGGGUAGUGGGUAUUCAUGCUGAUGAUCCAGAACUUUUAGAGUUUGAUGAUGCACUAAAAUAUAUAACCAAAGACAUCAGAAGAGAUCAAUUAGCGAACAGUGGCCUUUACAAAGAAUAUAUCCUUUACUUGUUGAUCAUAGCACUGUGAUGUCAUGGAAAAAUGCCAUGCUCUUACCAGAAUAUCAGGAUACAUUAUUGAUCACUUAUUAACACUGUACUCUUAAUGAAUAUUUGAUGUGCCUUUUUAAGUCUAAAAAUUAUUUUAAAAACUGCACUACAGAUUAUAGAUUUUAUUAUUAUUAUUAUUAUUUAUUUUAUUUUUUUAUCUUUUUUUUAAUUAUUAUUUUUAUUAUUUAACAGAUGAGGGCGCCCUUUCCCUUUAUAAUUCCACAGUUUAUAUGAUACUGUUUACUGGAGUGAAAUGCAGUCACACUGAAUAAACAUCAUUCAUUUUUAUGUAUUUAGAAACUCUAAAAAAAAGUUCUCUCCGAAUGAUCUUUUUAUUUAUUUAUUUAUUUAUUUAUUUAUUUUUGAACCAUUAGUUCAACUGAUUCAACUUGGUUCCAGGGAAAUUAAUAUAAAAUACAAUAAACAAAACCCAAACAAUUACUGAAUUAUUAUUAUUAUUAUUAUUAUUAUUAUUAUUAUUAUUAUAUUGUAUUUUCUGUUAAUUUGUUUUUAUUUAUUUAUUUGUUUGUUUGUUUGUUUAUUUAUUUUACUUUGCUAAUUUUCUGUUCUAUCCUUCUGAUUUUGGAUUGUUACUCUAAAUCAUUACGCUUACUACUACUGCAAAUAAUAUUCUAAAUAUUGUUCCAUCUGACUAUGGCACUUUCACAAAGUCUCUCCAAGACCUGGACAUAGAGGUUAGCUUCUUGCGGAAUAUAAAGACUGAGACGAUCACAAUUGUCAUCCAAACACUGGGAGUUGAGACGAGAGGACUGAAAAAAUACACAGCCUGCAUUUCAGGAAACAUCAACAUCCACAUACUAUUGACAGUCAUGCUCUUCAGGAUGGGUGACAUUCUCUGUAUCUAUUAUAGCUAUCAAUCAUCACAUAGAUCAUCAUCAUCAUCAUAUCAUUCCCCAUGAUUUGGAUCCAGCGCUGAUGGACGUAAACAACCAAAAGUAAAGGAAGACUACUGAUAAGAAAAGUACUGCUAUUAUUUAUUAUUAUUAUUAUUAUUAUUAUUAUUAUUAUUAAGAACCCUGCUGUAACCUACCGUAAACGUUUACAGUUAUUCCUGAUAAACACGUGUUGAAUACACACAUGUGUAUGAAUACACAUGUUCUUCACAGUUCUGCUCGAAAUACUCAGGCAAGAUUGUAACGGUGUGUUAGUAAGUCUCAUCCAUGCUCUUGCUUGGUGAAGGUACAAACAGCAGAAAUAGCAUGAUGAAUCAUUAGCACUGCAGUGUAUGUGUCGAUCUGAACAGGUGGCUAUAAGACUGAUGCAUCACAGUGAAGGAGCACGAGCCAAAAAGUGAACGUGCUAUUUAGGCACUGGCAAUCAUUUAUUUAUGGGGAUUUUUUAAAUAAUAUUAAUGUUAUUACAUUUAAUAACAUUUUUUGUUGUUGUGUGUUUUUAUGUACACAUCUGUAGCAGGAAUAAAUACAUUUUAGAAAA